CUCAAACACUGCCUGUUUAUCAGCCUACUUGUGGUUGUCAUGGCAUUCUGCACUUCUCUUGUCAUCAUUGAUUUUGCUUCUCCGCAUGCCAACCACCCUAACUCCACAGUCCAGCUUGCAGUCACCUUCAGUGGCACUAUCCUAGUCCUCAUCAUGUUGGUUCUCAUCUGCUUCGAAAGAAUAUUCCAGAAGUUCACAGUCCCAGUGACGUUAUUUGUGUGGCUGAUUCUCCUUACAGGCACAUAUGUUUAUGUCGGGUUCAGUGAUGCCAGGAAUUGUAUGGACGAUGUACCUGUGAUAUAUUACAUAAUUAUUGUGACUUAUACAAUGUUGCCGCUGUCACAGCGGUGGGCCAUCUGCCUUGGGACAGCUACAGGUUUGUCACAGAUAUGCAUAGCCUGGGGUUUUGCUCAGAGAUUCAGAGACUAUUUGGAGUACCAGUUGCUUGCAAACAGUGUGAUAUUUUUGUGUGCCAAUAUGGUGGGCAUGUACCACAAGUACCUGACCGAGAUUGCCCAUCGCAGGACAUUCCUGGACACACGCAACUGUAUAGAGGCACGCAUCAAGUUGGAGCAUGAAAGAGAACAGCAGGAAAAGUUAUUACUGAGUGUCAUACCAGCUCACCUGGCAGUAGAAAUGAAAAAUGAAAUGAUCAGGAAAAUACGCACUUCCACAGUUGAUCACAAUAGAUCUUGUAAAAGGGCCUCUUCCACCAGAUUUCAUGACUUAUACGUCAAAGGCCAUAUUAACGUCAGCAUUUUAUUUUCAGAUAUUGUGAAUUUUACGCCUCUGGCAUCUGAGUGCACUGCCGCUCAACUUGUCAAGGUCCUCAACGAACUCUUUGGGAGAUUUGACAAACUAGCUCAGGAAAAUGACUGCAUGCGUAUAAAGAUCCUGGGUGACUGUUAUUACUGUGUCUCUGGGUUACCCAUAUCAAGACCUAACCAUGCCAACAACUGUGUUAAAAUGGGGCUGAAAAUGAUAGAGGCUAUCAGACAGGUGAGAGAAGCCACAGGUGUCAAUGUUGACAUGAGGAUAGGCAUCCACACUGGGAAUGUGUUAUGUGGAGUACUGGGACUGCGGAAGUGGCAGUACGACGUCUGGUCAGAUGACGUCACAUUGGCCAAUCACAUGGAGCAGGGAGGCGUGCCAGGGAGAGUUCACAUAUCAAAGUAUACACUAUUGCAUCUGAGCACAGAGUUUGGGGUAGAGCCUGGACAUGGCCAUGAGAGAGAUGAAUUUAUACGAGAAAGAGAUGUCGAAACUUAUCUUAUUAUUCCACCAACUAAUGCUGAGAGUCAAAUGACCAGUCCCACCACAGGUCAUGGUAUAGAGGCCACCAUGAGGGCCUCCACCAGGAUGUCCAAGUUCCUGGAUUCCUGGGGGGCAGAUAAACCCUUUGCUAAUCUUAUUGAAUUUUCUAUGGCAAAAAAUAUUGGUGAAACAAGUUUAGCCAUGAUGGAAGGAAACAUGAACCCACUCUCUUGUUCUGGAGAUCCAAGACGUUGGUUCAGGUCAGAAGACAUGAAUGCCUUUCUUCUUACAUUCCAAAGAAACCAGUUGGAGCUAGAUUACAACAGACAGGCAGACGGCUCAUUCAAGUACUAUGUUACCUGCACGGCUGCCAUCUUUGUCUGUAUGGGAGUUGUACAGUUUCUGCUUUUGCCUAGGUAUGAAGCACUGUAUAUUGGCUAUGGGGUGGGGCUUGUCCUAUUUAUUAUACUACUGUGUGGCACUGUAGCUGAGUCACUAGGGGAUCAAAAACUGAGGUCAAGGGUGCCACCAUUUCUACUGAAGAUCUCUGCUCUGGUAACAGUCAGCGUAUGGGUCAGGCUACUAAUGACAGCGGCCAUAUUGUCCACACUGAUGACGUUGGCUGUGGUGACUGUGAGUGACUGUCGUUCUGAUCUCCACACCAAUGUAUUCAACAUCACAGGAGAGCCUGGCUCCACACACUGUGAUUUUGCUCCAUACUACAUCUUCACAGCCAUGAUGGCCCUCACUGCCUGUACAGUGUUUCUUCAAGUGAACUUCAUCCUCAAGUUUUUGUUCAUGUUCCUUGGCAUAGUGAUCUACAGUAUAGUGUUGCACUACUCCAAGGCAGAUGUUUUUGACAUGUAUGAUCUGCACAGACUUCUAGGGGAAGAACCACACAUCAGCACCAGAGUGAAGUCUACUAUCUAUCUUAUAGUUCUCUGCAUUACUCUACAUAUAUCAGACAGACAGAUGGAGCACACAUCAAGGUUAGAUUUCCUGUGGAAGACCAAGUUUAAGGUUGAACAUGAGGAAGUGGAGACCAUGGGCUCUCUGACCAAAGUCCUGCUGGAGAACAUUCUGCCAGCACACGUGGCCACUCACUUUCUGAACUCGGACAAAAGAACAUUGAGCCUGUACCAUGAGUCCUACAGCUCAGUGUGUGUGAUGUUUGCUUCCAUUCCAAAUUUCAAGGAAUUUUACCACCAGAAUGAUGUGAACAAGAAUGGACUGGAGUGCCUGAGACUCCUAAAUGAGAUCAUAGCAGACUUUGACAUGCUUUUAUCCAAACCCAAAUUCAGCUAUGUGGAGAAGAUUAAAACCAUUGGUUCCACCUACAUGGCGGCUUGUGGACUCCAACCAGGCAAAGAUGAAAACAAGAUCAAUGGAGAACUGGAUGGCGGAACAACACAAGUGCUCAAAAAGAUUCCCUCUGUUGUGGAUCAGACAAAGUUCAAGCACAGUGUGACAGCUAUGGUGGACUUUGCUAUGAAUAUGAUGGUAUCUUUGGAUGGAAUCAACAGGGACUCUUUCAAUUCUUUUCAGCUCAGAAUAGGUAUAAACCAUGGCCCAGCAAUAGCAGGGGUUAUAGGAGCUCAGAAGCCACAAUAUGAUAUAUGGGGAGACACAGUGAACGUGGCCAGCAGAAUGGACAGUUUUGGAGAGAUGGGCAAAAUACAUGUGCCAGAGCACACGGCAGAGGUUCUUAUGGCGUCUGGGUACAGGUGUGAAUACAGAGGAGAAAUUAAGAUUAAAGGAAAAGAUGUUCCUAUGAGGACUUACUUCUUAGCAACUUCAUGACCAACAACAACAACAACAACAACAGUGAAAUCAAGGGCAUUAAAGUUCAAAAGCUGCACAAAAUUAGUGUAUUAUUUUUUUUUAUU